AUGGCGGGAUUUUCCGCUUUUAAAUGUCCUUGUUUUCGUCCACCUUCUUCUCCCUCUGUUUCUUUCAACCAUCCCCUGAAGAGAAUCUCUUACCGUCCCAGAUUACCAAGAAUAUAUGCGUUUUCAAGCAAUGAUAUUAAAGUGGGCUCCAACAUUGAAGUAGAUGGAACUCCUUGGAGGGUUAUCGAGUUUCUCCAUGUGAAACCUGGCAAAGGGGCAGCAUAUGUGAGGACCACGCUACGCAAUUACUUGACAGGAAAUCAAGUUGAGAAAACUUUCAGAGCUGGAAGUAAGAUUGAAGAGGCAGAUAUAUUCAAAGAAACCAAACAAUAUACUUACAAAGACGGUUCCCAGUAUGUCUUUAUGGACUUGAGUUCAUUUGAAGAAUUCCGUCUCAAUGAGAAAGAUGUUGGGGACAAAUCGAAGUGGCUGAAAGAAGGCAUGGACUGCAAUUUGCUAUUCUGGAAGGGAAAAGUUAUUGAUUUUGAACUCCCUAUUACAGUAAAGUUGACUGUAGUUGAAGUUGAUCCAGGUGUGAAAGGCGACACAGCCCAAGGUGGAUCUAAGCCAGCAACUGUUGAUACUGGCGCUGUGGUGACUGUCCCAUUGUUCAUAGAAAGAGGCCAAGAAAUAAUGGUGGAUACUAGAACUGGGCAAUACAUGAGUCGUGCAUAG